UAAACUACUACAGUAUUCUUUUUGGCUGAGCUAGCUCUUUUAUUAAUGGCUUUUUUCACUAAAGCAAGCGCCGAGAACGAACAUAUUACAGUAUCAAAUAUUACAAUUUGUCCUUUAUGUGAAGAAGAAUACGACGACCCGAAGCGUCUUCCAUGUUUGCAUGUGGUAUGCCUUGGAUGCUUGGAAAAUGUUGUGCCCCUCAACUCUCUAAUUCUACAAUGCCCAAUCGACAACCAAGAGCUUCCGAUGCCCAAGGGUGGGGUGCAUGCCUUACCAUCGGAUAUGAAAAUUGUUAGGCUUUUAGAACUGAGUUCUGGUGACCAGACAAAGAAAAAGACUAGAACGCCAAAGAAAAAACCAAAGGCACYCGAAGAGGAAGGAAGGAGAAAAUCUGUAACGGGAACUGUGGCGAUGUCCCUUGAAGAAGAAGCCGAAAUGGUGAAAAAACUGAUUAGCGAGACUGUGAACAAGAUACGCGAGGCUUUGACGAUGAAAGAAACCGAGAUGUUGAAAGAAGUGGAUCACGUUGUUAGUAAAGAGCUGCGAAAGAGGGCAAAUACUGCAUCAUACUCAUCGGUGUCGUCUGACCUCGAAUCCGAAAUGCCGGACUCUCCGACUUCUGAUGGAGAUUCUGUUUUUGAAGAGCUAAAUGGUUCUAAAGAUUCCUCAAAAGGUAAAUCUAAACCACCAGUGCCACCCAAGCGACCACCGUCUUUUAUACUUGAUUUGACUCCAAGUCGUAAGAUGCUACAAAUGGCGCGCGAAGAGGGGUUAGGAAAGCUUCAAUUCGGACGCAAAAAGACGGUCGCCAAUGCAGACCAAUCGACCCCGGCACCCAUAGCAUCGUCGUCACCGACGUACGGCGGGGCUGCUGAAGUGAUUGGCUGCAUUAAUCUACCUAACCGCUAUAAAAGGACAUUCAACCCUACGGCUGUGGCCGCCAGCCACGAUGGACACGUAGCAAUAUCUGACUAUGGUAGCGAAUGUGUGUUGCUUUUUGACACUGAUGGGGAGUUUGUUAAAAAGAUUGGAGAUGGUGAUUGCAACGAAGGUGGCCUAGAAGGACCGGACGGGCUAGCUUAUCUACCUAAUAACAAUCUUGUAGUUUCCGAUAGUCCUCUGGAUGGUGUCCAGGCUCUCAAAGUGUACGACUGUGAUGGAAACUACUUGAAUACACUUGUCGAACAGGAAGAAGUGGAAACAAACGAGGGGAUGAUUUCUUUCGGCCGCGUUACCUCUGACCCUAGUGGCAGGCUCAUCCUUGCUUGCUCGGGAGAAAACCCAUGCGUCCGGGUCUAUGACAGCGAUGGCAAACUGCAGUUAGAGUUUGGUGAUGGCAUCCUACACGGCCCUCAGAAAGCAGUCUUUCACGAUGGUAAAUUCUUUGUGUCAGACUCAAACAUCGAACUUCACAAGUGCAACAUCAAAAUGUUCGACAAGAAGGGCAAGUUUGUUUUCAUGUUUGAUGAUAAUAAGCUAAAUGUUGGUGAACAAGAUAAUAUGGGUCUAGAUGUCACAUAUCCUAUUCAUAUUGCCUCGGAUAGGGGUACUAUCAUAGCUUACCAUGGUCUGACCAAGUCAAUCAGACUCUAUAGGUCUGAUGGCACAUUUGUGAUCACCUUCAGGACAGUUACAGGCAUCCGGGACAUUGCAAUUAACGAUGAGGGUCAUAUCGUUGCCUCGUGCGGCGAGGAGAGCAUGCUACCAAGAAGUGUGCAAAUAUUAAGAUACUGAUGGACCAUUAUAUCAAGACUUGGCUUUGAUGUAACCGGGAAUAUAAGUAAAAUGUGCGGCGAGAACUGCCCCAAGACAAGUGCAAACGUUGGAUUUGAUAUCUACUAAAAUGACCUUUUUUGUUGCUGUGCUCUGUAAUUUGGAUACUUUAAACCCGUGAAACAAAAGAAAAUACUUUAGGUCUAUGAUAGUAUAAAAGACACAGAAUCAGCAAUGACAGCAAUGCAAUUAGAGCGCACAUACUAAGCGUGUUAGUGAACGAGUUAGUGAAGUGUCUGUAUUUUACGGGUUUUUUGACUUCACUCCAUUUUUAAACAUUUUUUAAAAUGUUUAAAAAUGGAGUGAAAAAAACACGAAUCUCCGCUAUCAAUUAAGUCAGAGUAAUUAUAAAAUAUCAAAUAUUGCCCUAAAGAACAAACUGAAUGAAUAAAURCUAMUAUACAAGUUCGGCAGAAGUUGUUWUGCAGUGUGUCAAGUUUAUUUUCUUCAUAUAUAGAAAUCAGUUUAUAAAAACAAAAUCAAGAAGUAAAAACUG